AUGUAAAAGUAAUGAUACUAUAAUAUUUAAAAGGGAAGUCGUGGAAUUUACAUUCAAACACUUUGUUUACAAAUACACUUUUAUCAAUAUAAUUGUUCUCUUGUUUACUUUAUAUCAAUUUCAAGAUGCUCCCUUGGCUCUACCUCUUGGUUGCAUGAUAUUAAAUGAAUUAACAAUCUGGAUUAAAUAUUCAAGUGGAUAGAUUACAGACAAUGUCGAUCAUCUUCUUCACAUAUUAUUUUAUGUAAGUUAUCUUAUAUAAUUAGAUAUAUAUCACACUUAUUUAUUAUUUAGAGCUAAAUUACUAUAUUUUCAGCAAUAUAUUUAUAGUAUUGUCUUUCAUUUUCAAAAUAGCUUGUGAUAAAAAAAGUGAUGAGCAACAUGAAUAUACAACAAUUAUACGAUUAGUAUUUUGUAUUUAUAAUAUAGAGUAAAAUUUUCUAUCGAUUUUCAUAAUUGAUAGCACUAUUUUGUAUAACAUUAAAAAUGAAUCAAUAUGUAGAUUGGACAUGGUCAUAAACUUUUUGGUGGUAUUGGAUGUUUUUAAGUGGUUUAAUUGGAUCCACAAUAACAUUUUUAUUGAUUUUAAUUUCAAAAUUAAUUAAAAUCAACAAUAGCACAAUAAUAAACAACUUUAAAAAUGAAAGUAUGACAUUAUAAUUCUAAUUUAGUUAAAAUGCUUUUAUGGUUAUUAUAUAUUGCAUGUUUAAGCAGUCUAAUAGCUGGAAUCUGGAUAGUAAAUACAUUAAAUUUACUUGGAAAUACUAUAAAUAUCUAAAUAGGAGAUAUUUUUAUGUAUAUUACAAUAUCUCUUAAUAUCCUCAUAUUUUGUACAAUUUCAUAUGUACUUUUUAAUUCAAUAGUUGAAUUUGUUAUAUCAAUAAAUGAAAUUGAUUCUAGAGAUUCAUCUCCUAACCCUACUAUUAAAAAUACAGAUUAAUAAAUUAAAAAAGAGUUAACAAUAACAUCAAUUUUUAUGUAGAAAUUAUCAAAUGCUUAUUUCAAAUAAAUGAAAGAUUUAGAAGUAGUUACACUUAAAGAUGCAAAUUAAAAUGAAAUAUUAACUGAAAGAAAUGUGAAUAAUAAUAUUAUUAAAAAAAAUAAAGCCAGUCCCCAUAAUUCUAAUAAUAAAUGUAUUAUAUGUUGUGAAAAAUCUUCAAAUGCAAUAUUAAUGAAUUGUGGUCAUGGUGGAAUUUGUUAUUAAUGUGCAGUUCAAUUAGCCUAAAAGUAAAAGGAAUGUUUUCUUUGUAGAUAGAUAAUUAAAUUUAUUUAUGAAAUUGAUGAAAAGGAUGUUAGUAUUAUGAAAAGAGUCAUUUCAAAAACUAGGAUUUCCAAUUGA